GGCACAGGUGGGCGGAGCUAGUGGGCGCACUGCUGGGCACAGGUGGGCGGAACUUGCGGGUGGCACUGCUGGGCACCGAUCAUCAGGGCACUGAUCAUCAGUGCCCUGAUGAUCGGUGCCGAUCCCCGCUCUGACAACUGCCGGUUCUCGGCAGUACUUUCCUCACGAUCUGACAGCGGCACUGAUGAUCAGUGCCCUGAUGAUCGGUGCCCAGCAGUGGCACCCCGCAAGUUCCGCCCACCUGUGCCCAGCAGUGCGCCCACUAGCUCCGCCCACCUGCGCCUAGCAGAUCACCCACCUGUGCCCAGCAGUGCACCCACCUGUGCCCAGCAGUGCACCCACCUGUGCCACUCUGCAGUGUCACACACCUGUGCCCAGAAGUGCCACCUACCUGUGCCCAGCAGUGCCACCCACCUGUGCCCACCCACCUGUGCCCACCAGUGCCACCCACCUGUGCCCACCAGUGCCACCCACCUGUGCCCACCCACCAGUGCUGCCCACCAGUGCCACCCACCAGUGCAGCCCAGCAGUGCUGCCAGUCAGUGCCACCAGUCAGUGUCCAGCGGUUGUGCCAGUCAGUGCCGCCAGUCAGUGCCCAGCAGUGAUGCCAGUCAGUGCCGUCUGUCA